AAAAAAAAAAAUAGUGUUUUGAUGAUGUGCAUGUAUCAGCAAUUUUUUAAUAAGUUUGCGUCGCUCUCUCCCUAAAUCUUCUGUCUUUUCUCUCUUAUCUUUUCCAUCAUGUCUGAGCCCGUUGUCGAACAGCCUGUUGUCGCCCCAGUUGACGAACACGUCCCUGCCACCACUGAACAGCCAGCUGCUGAGGAGGCUGCUCCUGUUGCUGCCAUCGCUACUGAGGAAGCUCCCAAGACUGAAGAACCUGCUGUCGCCGCAGCAACUACUGAACCCAUCACUGCUGAAACUCCCAAGGGUGAGAAGAGAAAGUCCAAGAUUUUUGAUCUCUUCAAUAAGAUCAAGCUUCCUUCUCCCAAUGGUGCCGCCAAUAAGGAGACUAAGCUUGAGGCCGCUGCUGAACCUGCUACUGAGACUGCCCCUGAGCCUACCACUGAAGAGCCCACCGAAGUUGCCAAGACUGAAACUGCUCCUGAGGCUGAAUCAGACGCUGUUGAACCAACUGAGGAAGUUAAGGAGGAAACCGCUGCUCCUGGUAAGCCUGAGAAGAGAAAGUCUGUGUUCAACUUCAUGAACAAGAUCAAGCUUCCCAAGUCUCCUGAGCUCAAGUCCACCGCUGCUCCUACCACUGAAGAGCCUGUUGCCGCUGAAACUACCGAACCCGCUGUUCCUGAGGCUACUGAAGCUGUUGCUCAGCCCACUGCUGAGGAAUCCACUGCUGAAACUGCCGCUGCUGACGCCACUGGCCCUGUCGAAGCUUCCACUGAAGAGGCGCCAGCUACCCAAAGCGAUAAAGCCAAGAAGUCUGUUUUCGGCCUUUUCAACAAGUUGAAGAUGCCAAAGGCUGCCGAACCCAAGCCUGUCGAGGCAAAGGAGGAGCCUACUACUGAAGCUGCUGCUGAGCCUACUGAGGAGACCCCCGCUGCACCCGUCGAGGCACCUGCUGAGACCGAGCCUGUUGUUGCUACCGAGCCCACCGAAGCUGCUACUGAAGAGAAGAAGGUACCUUCCCGUCCCUCCUCUCCUCUUGGCCGUUCAGUCACUAAGUUGUACGGUAAGCUUAGCUCCAGAUUCCCUAAGGGAAAGAAGGAUGUCAAGGAAACCCCUAAGGAAGAGGAAACUGCCGCUACCGAAGAACCUGCCGCUGCUGUUGAGGAACCUGCUGUUGAAGCUCCCAAGGUUGAGGAGGAGACUCAACCUGUUGCUGCUCCCGUCGAAUCUGCACCAGUUGUUACUGCCUCUGCAUAAUUGAGUGAUUUCUAAAAUCUAUUCCACUAUCAUGAUUUUUUCAUUAUAAUUUUUUACUCUUCUUUUCUCAUAUUAUAACGUACACUUGACAGAUAUUUAUCCCACCUUUUAAUGUCGCAGUUAGUUUCCAUAUCUCUUCGUAAUUUCACUUAAUACUGUUUAUUAAAAUUAUUUUGCGCUAAUGCCAGUAUGAUUAUAAAUGCUGUACAUU